UUGGUUGAAACGAGAGUGACGUCAACUCGACUGCAUGUUUGUAACCGAAACCGAAACGUAAAAAACAUCGUUCACCAUCAACGCGUAAAAAUUUGAUAACAUCUCCGCGCUGUGUGUGUGUGUGUGUGUGUGUGUGUAAAAUAAAUAUAAAUAAAGCACCAAAAAUACAUUUUCCGAGUAAAAAUUGAGCUUUUAUUCGAAAGGCUGACGAAUGUACUCGUAAAUUCGAAUCAUUUGCGUAGAAAAUUUGUUAUUCCGCGUACAAACAGACUGAAAUUCGGUUCGCAAUUUCCGUCCAUUUCUCAAUGUGAAACGUUCUCAACCUCGGAUACAAAACCGUAUGUUAUUUUUACGACUGCAACAUUCAACACGAUGGACGUGAAAUAACAAUGUUACAGAUGCACGAUACAAGUCUGUUUCCGUAUCAUCACCGUUUAUAUUGCGACAGCGUACAAAAAUAACGAAACAAUUUCAUCAUCUUUAUCAUCGGUAAUUUGAUAAUCAAAUCGAUUCGAAGAAUGCCCAAUCCGGUUAGAUCGGCUUUCAUCUACUUGAUGCAUCUCGCUUGGAAGUCUCGUCUGCAUAUACCGUUUCUAUUGACCGUGUGUUUUCUGGUGUUCGACAUUCGAUUACAAUUAGAAGUCAACAUCAACAUGACUAGAAGACGGGCUCCGCGUUUAGUCGCCGGAAAUAACGAUAAUAAUGGAAACUACGCCGCCAAUAAUGCCGACUACAAUAUCGACGACGACGCGAACGAGCACGAUGACGAUGAUGACAACGACGACGACGACGAAGACGAUGAUGAUUCACGAAACGAUCACAGGAAUCGUUUGACCAUCGAAGAAUGUAAACGUAAUCGCGAUGAUCGCGAAAUGGAAAAUUUUACCAAUAUUAUGAAUAUUCUACCUUCGUUACGUGUUCCUAUGCAAAAGUAUCCUAAUAGUUCCAAAAUCCUCAUCUUGAGACCUAGCCUAUUUCAUCAAAUAAGUACGGCGCUCGAAAAACAUUACAAAACACACGCUCUUCAGUCAUCCAAAACUGCGCCAAGCGUGAUAUUCGAGUCUCAUAACAGUCACAACGGUCCCAGAUGUGUCUUGUGAAUUUAUGUCUACCUAUUCUCGAUAUAAACGCGUCUAGUAAACGCUGCAGUUUUUCAGACAAAGCUUCGUGUUAAGGAUGAAUAAUCAAUCGUACGUCGUAUUUUAGCCAUAUUUUCUCUUUUUUUUUGCGUUAUUUUUUUGAAUCCGUGAAAACACUAUCAAUAGUGGCGCGAUAAUCAUUUUGAAGAUAUACAAACACGUCGACUGAUUCGAUAACGAAUUACGAUUUACUUUCCGGUGCCUUCAAAAUGUAUGUUUCCAGCGCCUGAAAUCAACUGUUUUAUUUAGCCAUCUCGAGGCCUUAUUAAUUAUUAAUUCGUCGAUGCGAUCGUGUACAUAGUUGUAUAUAAUAUUUUUCUCGGUUUAUGUGUGUUAAUUUUUGCUCCCAUGUGUACCAAUGUGAACAUUACUGCUGUAUUAGAACACGCAGAUUGUUACCGUUGUAUGCAACUCGAUGUUUUACUAUGUACUUUGUAUAAGUUGUAACGUUAUGUCUACAAGAAACUAAUGUUUUCAUCGUAUAAUUAUUAUAUUUCAUCGAUAUCAUUCUAUCUUCGUUCAAAUUCAGCGAGCUGAGUAAUUAAUGUAUAAUGUACCAUUCUCAUGUUGUAUUAUUACUUAAUAAAAAAUUUGUUACGUUCA